UUUAAAAAAAAAAAAAAAAGAAAAAAAAAAAAGAAAAAAAAGAAGAAACAAGAAAAAGAAUUUAUAAUCAUGAGUAUCAAACAAAUAUGUGUUGUUUUGCAUAUUGCCAUAUACAUAUUGCUCCAGUAACAUGAACAUUUAAUGAACGUAUGAUGCCAACUUGAGGUACUUCCACGCAAACAUCAAAAAGGGGUAUCAAAUUAGCUGGUAUACCACUCUUUUCAUUUCUGUAAGAUUUUUUUAUCAGUUACAUAGAAUUCUACGUGAUAAUUUUAGUGAUACUUACCCUAAAACAAGUAUUGUCUUCUUUUUAAAUUUCAUAUUCAAAAGAUUUAUGCUAUUAGCAGUUUGUUCAACUCCUACCAAAUCCCAACCCAUAUCUUUUUUUUCUAGGAGAUAUUCACAUAGUUGAUAAGGCUUUACCUAUUAUUUUACAUGAAAUUUAAUUUUUAAAAAAAUAUAUGCAUGAAUAUUUUUAAAUAAAUACCUCUGUAAUAUUUAUCCAUUUAUCAGAAGACACACUGAGAUUUUGAAAUUCUUUCUCUUUUGUAUAUUGUAAAUUUCCAAUAAUUAAUUCAUUAGCACCAAAUAUUUCACAUGUUCUUGCAAGACCUCCUAGAUUUGCAGGACGAUCAAUUAAAGAUGCAACAAUUAUAAUACUUUCAUCUAUGAUAUUAGAUACAGUAUUUUCAAGUGACAUUAUCCCAAUGUUAUUUUCAAUAGAAUUAACUGACUUAACAGGUGUAAUUUUCUUUUGUAUAUUACACAGGCCAUCAUCAUCCAUUUCAUUGAAAUGUGAUGUUUCCUUAUUACCUACAAAACAUUUUUUAUUUUUUUUUUUUUUUUUUACAAUGAAUGUCAGAACAUUUAUAUAACAACUUUAACUUACACGGACCAGAUUUUAUCAAGUGCAUACAUAGUUUAGAUUCGGCUAAUUUUUUAUUUAAAUUUUGCAAACAUAAAGGAUGAUUAAUAGUUUCUGUAAAAUUUAAAUCAUGAAAUAAAUGAGAUGCAAUCCACUCAUCUGCAUCCAUGGCAGACAAUCUUGGAAUCUCAAAAUAAAUAGUCUAAAAAUAUUAUAAGCAUUUGAAUACAACAAAAUUAAUAAUAGAUCAGAUAUAAUAUUAAAAAGAAUAUAAUACAUUUUUAAUAUAAUUGAUUACCUGCAAACUAUAAUCAUCUAUUGGAUGAAAAACAGAGAAAUAAAAAUCAUCCUGUAUUUUUAAUGAAUUUUUCAUUAAAUUUCCCUGUUGUAAACUUUUAAGUGCUGCAUUAUAUAAUCCUGCAUAUUCUAAUAUGAUAUCAUCAAAAUUUGAGCAUUUUAAUAAUUCGUAUAACUUUACCAAAAUCACCUAUUUUGAUAUAAUAAAAAGAAACUUCAUAAUUUCUUAUACCUCAGUUUUAUAAUCCUAAUAUGUUUGACUUACCUGAUUGUAUAAACGCAUAUUGUAAUUUUGGCCUAAACAACAGCAUGCAAUAUAUGGCAUGGCCUGUCUAAGAAAAUCACAUUGAGUUUGACCAGAAAGAAGUAGAGCUACAUGAUAUAUCACACUUGCAAUUGAACUUGUACAUCCAGGACGUUUCAAGAGACUCUGUAUAUAAAUUGAGAUAGUUAAUGAUAACAAGUUUUAUAUAAAUUUUUUGGCAUUACUUUAGAGUACCUCUUCAAAGAAAUUCCAUAAUUUAUUAUGUAAAUUUGGAUAUUUUACAAAAAUCCUAAUUAAUAGCCACUCUUGCAUUAGACGUAUACUAUGUUGAUUACUUUCUAAUAGAAUUAAAUUACAUAAUAUUUCUUGAAGCGAUGAAAUACUUUCCUAUAAAAAAAUAUGAUUAGUUGUUUCCUUAGUCUGGUAUACAGACAAUUGUCUCAAAAAUGAUCUUAUAGAAUUUUCUAUUUUUUAUUACCAUAUUAAGUAAUGGUUCUAACACCAAUAAUAUUUGUAUGAGUCUAUGCUUAACUCUAUGCAAAUGAGAAUCUUUAAAAUAUCUUUUAUUUUUAUUUUUCUCCAAUUCUGCAAGAACAGAAUGCAAAAAUAUAGAUGCAUAUUCAGGUUUUUUGGUAAUUAUUUUGUGAAGUAAUAUUGUAGCUUGUGCCCUCACAAUUGCAUCAUUAUUAUAAUCACUACGAACAAAGCAAAAAAAUGAUAUAUUUUAAUAUAGCGAAUUAUUAAUAUAAUAAAGCCUAAAAUUUUUUUUAUUAAUUUAGUACAUAACCUUACGUGAUUGACAAAUGAAGUUUAUAGAAGUCUUGCAAAUUUUUUUCAAUAUAUAAACAUACUUGAUUCUCAAUCUUUUUAUCUCGUCUAAUAGCAUAACCAUGAAGAAGGCAUGCUAAUAAUAAUUUGUCAAAAUUUAUUUUAUUAUAUAAUGUAUUAUUUAUAUCUAAUGUUUCCAUGUGAAUUAACAAUAUUCUUUUUAGAUUUGUUAUAUUGUCACUUUCUUGAAUCAGUUGAGUUAGAAACUAAAAUACAAUUUAAGUAUAAGGAUAUAAUAAAUUAAAAAUAAUAUUUUAAUAUAUUAUUUCUUACUGGAUUUAUAAUUAUUACAAUAUUUGGUAAAUUCAGAAACUUAGAAUUUACUAUAAUUGCAACAAGAUUUUUAACUGCUACCGAGAAAAUAGCAUCUUUUUUAUUUAAAAAUGUAAUUCUCCAACAUAAUUGAACAGUUGAUGUAAAAUUUUCUAUAUCUUCUGAACUUUGUAGCCCAUUUUUUUCGAUAAUUGUUUUUAGCAUUAUCGCUACCGUUGGUAUUAUCUUAAUACCUUCCAGUUGAAGCAAAUUUGAUAUAAUGUCAUACCAUUCUAUUUUCCACGAUUCCAUUGAAAAUUGUUGAAGAUAAUUAUACAUUAAUUUUGUCAUGAGAAAAUAAUAAUGUGACAUAAUCUUUCCUUUUUCAUUUUCUGUGUAACAACAUUCAUUGUUAAGUACUUGAAAUUUGUGCAUAUUUGCUAUGCAGAAUUCAUACGUUUCUUUUGAACAUAAUGCAAGAUUUGUGCUUUGGCAUAGAAGUAAAACGUGUAAGAUAGAUAAAUAUUCAGUACCUUGUACAGAAUUUAUGUUUACAAGUAAUGGUUUUUGUAAAUUCUUUGCAUACAUGCACAUUGCUUCUUUUGAAAAUAAUAAAUCUCUAUUAUUGAAAAACGUUGUAAUAAUAUUUAAAAAUUUAUCCAAAUCUUCAUAACAUAGUGUCAUCGUUGCUUUUCUUAAAUUUUUUAUUAUAACUCUCAUAGCAGUGUCACCAUACGAAAACAACAUUUGUGUGAUAUUAUUACAAUUUCCCAUAAUAUUGACCUUUAGUAAAUAUGACAUUAAUUCAAGUAUCUUAAUGUUUGAGUAAAGAUCAGAAUAUGGUCUCAUAUCAGAUCCUAUCAAUGAAUCUAAGCAAGUUUUUAUUGCUUGUAUAGCAGGACAUGAUUUGGAAUAAAAUAUUAAUUUUGCAUCAUAUAGGAGAAAAAUCAUGAGUGCGAAUGUAUCAAUAUUUAUUUCAAAUUGAUUUUUCAGGAGGUAUUUUUCUGAGAUAUGAGAAAUAAAAUUUGCAGCAUUACAUUUUGUUAUUACUUUAGGUAACCAUUUAAUAAUGAUUUCCCAAGUAUUUGAGCCUCUUCUCAAAACUUCCUCCGAAGGAAAAGUGGAUAGAACAUUUGCAAGUAAUUCUAAAUCGUUUACUGAAAUUGAAGAAUAAGAAAUCAUUUUUAUAAUAUUAAUAUGAGAUGCAAUCCGUAAAAUGGGUGAAUGCAUAUUCAAAUUUAAUGAUAUCAAUGUCUGAAUAGCAUUUAAAUCAUUGUCUUCCAAUUCAAUAUAAUGUUGAUUCUCUUCAAAAACGGUAUAAAGAAUAUGUGUCACAUAAAACAUUGCUACAGGACCCCAUUUAAUUUGACUAAUAUGAUACAAAAAUUUCUUUAAAAUAAAUUUAUUUUUAUGUCUGGUUAUGCGGGAUAGUAAUCCUGUAAGUUCUUUUAUUAUUUCUGAUUCAUUAUUAUCAGAUUCUAUUUCAUACAAGAAAGUGUUAUUUAACAUAUUUACAAAAAAACCAAGGAACUGUUCAUCACACAUAAUUACAUCGAUGUUGCAAAUAUUUAAUAAUCCAUGCUUCACUAUAUUAUUAUUCUCAUGCUGCAAUAUUCUUUUAAAAAUACAACCUAACCAUAUAAUAUUAAAGCAAUUGCCACAUACUUCAUUACUUUUUAUCAACCCAGGUAAAUGAGUUAAAGCAGGCAAUAUCAAAUGUUUUUGUUUUUCUUCCAAUGCUUCUAACACCAAAAAAAAUUUUUCCUUAUUACUUUUUACAUUAUUAGGGCAAGUAUUGCAAAUAAAAGGAGUCAAUGUAUUUUUUUUUAGAUGCGAAUUUUCAAACUUUAUCUCGCUCAUAAAAUCAAUCGUUUUCUUCAUUAGAAACAAUGCCCACUUUCGAUACUGUUGAACAGAAGAUUCUAAUCCCUUUGAGAUUAUCAACCAAAAUCUAUCCUUAGAAUAUAGAUCAUAAUAUAGAUCAUAAAGAGAAUCUUUUUCUAAAGAAAAAUAAUGAUCAGCAAGUAUAUUAAUCGUGGCAAGUAAAUCUUCAAGAUCUUUUAAUUCAUUUAAGAAAAGAUUCCAGAUGGGAAAAACUACUUUCUUUUUUUCAAAUGUACGAUUGAUUUUUGGUAUAAUUGAUGCUAAUGAUCUCCAUUGUAUAUCAUCUUUCGUAGUUAUUAAACAUUUUAUAUCUUCUAUAUAUAAGGGAAUAAAUUCUUCAUACUCCUCCUGUUUUCCGUUUUUAAAAAGAUAACACUGCAGAUGCAAUGUAUCCAAAAAACACUCUAGUACUUUCAUAUACAGCUCUCUUGCUUCAUUGCUAUUAUUAAGAUUAGAAUUUCUAAACUUUCUGAGAUUUUCUAAUUUUAUUUUAAUAGAUUGCAUAUCACAAUACAAAAUCAUUUGUAACAGCAAAAUAUCGUAAAUAAACAAUAUCUCUGAUAUGUUACGCCAUUGGUUUUGAGGAAAUAAAACAUUUUCAAUGUUUUGAAAAGAAAAAUUUUCUAAAUUUUUAUAUGCACAUACAUUAUUAGAAUGAAAUCUGAGUUGAUAUUCGUAGCAUAAUAUUGUAUGAAAAGUUUGGAGUUUCUUUAUAUCCAAAAUAUCUUUGAUGAUUUCAUUAUUAUAGGAUUGAACUAAACGAUGUAAAUAAAGAAAUGGAUCGUCUUUAAACGAAGCAUCAAUAAUUUCCAAUAUGGAUAUAUCGUUUGUAGAAAAUUCCAUAUACUUUUUAUGUAAAUCCAUAUUGAAUGUAGAAUAUUGAGGGCGUAAUAAUAAUUAUAGAGAGCUGUAGGAAAGAUGAGCGUAGUAAUUAACGGAAACGUAGGAACAAAUCAGAAGGAAAAAAAAUGUAAAAUUUGUUUCGAUUAUAAAAUAAGUGCAAUGCAAACGUGUUUACAUUGACCUUUAUUUUUCGAUGGAUUUAUUUACUUAACCAAUAAAAGUGCACGUGGAUAUGUCACAUGCAGUUGAUGUUGAUAGAGAGCUUUUGCACGUCAACGUACGAGAUACAGUGUUUUCUUUAAUUGAAAUAAAAAUCUAUUAAAUGUGUUAAGUUACGACACACGAAUGCUGUUGACGAAUUUUCAAUCACAGUGAAUCCGGUUAACCGAAUGAGCGAGCGAAUGAUCUUAAGCGCGUACAAUCGAAGAAAGUGAAGGAGAAGCGGUGCUUCUAUCCCGGUGCAACGGUUCGAAACGAAUGAAGAGAAGUGGCUUCUUGAAAAUCAUUAGCUGGAGCAAACAAGUGGCCAUAUCCCGGCGCAUAAGUUUGACAGCAAUGGCGAAAAGUAAAUUUGAAUAUGUUAAAGAAUUCGAACGUGACGAUAAUUGCUUGCCAAAUUGUUGGAUUGUGGUUAGAAUAGAUGGAAGAAAUUUUUCGAAAUUUACCGACGCGCACCAAUUUGCUAAGCCGAAUGAUGUCGCCGCUUUGGAGUUGAUGAAUCGUGCUGCUAUUACUGUUAUGGAAGAUUUCAAAGAAAUAAUAUUAGGUUUUGGACAAAGUGAUGAAUAUUCCUUUGUCUUUCGUAAAGACACACAACUUUAUAAACGCAGAGCAUCCAAGCUCAUGUCCAAUGUCAAUUCUUUAUUUGCUUCCUCCUACGUGUAUCAUUGGCCUCGAUUUUUCAGAGGUAGAGAUCUUUACUAUCCGCCAUCCUUUGAUGCUCGUGUUGUCUUAUAUCCAACUGAUAAAAAUUUAAGAGAUUAUUUGGCCUGGCGUCAGGCAGAUGUUCAUGUGAAUAAUUUAUAUAACACAUGUUUCUGGAAUCUUGUCCUUAAGGGAAAAUUAACCCCAAGCCAGGCAGAGGACAAACUUAGAGGUACUUUAGCUUCGCACAAAAAUGAAUUGCUUUUUCAAGAAUUUGGAAUAAAUUAUAACAAUGAGCCUGCUAUAUUUCGAAAAGGCACUACACUUUUACGUAAAUUGGUGCCAGAUGGUACAGGACGAUUAAAACCUGCUGUUGUGCCGCUAGUAGAUGAUAUCAUUGGUGACCGUUUUUGGAAAGAAAAUCCAGAAGUAAUCGGUCUGAAAAGUUUAGCAACUUAUCAACCGCCAAAUAUGGUUAAUAAUGCUAUUAAAAAUACAAUUUGUACAUCAGUGCCUCUUUCUCCUGGUACUCUUAAACACAUUAAUAAUGUUACAGUACCUCCCGUCGUAUGUAAUACAAAUUCAAAGAAUGAGGAAACAAAUGUUAUAAGAAGUAGAGAAAUGGAUGGUGAUCGAAUGCAAUGUGAAAGUGACCAAAUUAUUAGAAAAUAAGUUGUGUUUUCAAUUUUUCUAUGACAAAAUAACUAAACUAAAAAUAAUAUUAUUUAAAUCAUGUGCUAUCCAUUCUUCGAUCGUGCAAAAGUGAAUUUUGUUAUAAAAAUGAACAACAUAUUGCAUGCAUUGAUAAUGGGUAUGGAUGCGAACAUAUCUUUUGCUCUUUACAUCAAACAUUGUUGACAAUGUUACAUUGUUACAAGCAUUGUGGAUAUAGCUGAAAACAGAAUCAUGAAACUUUUGCAAACUUUCUUCAGUGGAUAAAAUUAGCUCAUAGAUUACAAAAAAUGAACUGUUUACAGUUACACAUUUUUAAAUUUAUUUCUUGGUAACAUGUUAUUAAUCGACUUCAAUAUGUACAGGUACAUACAGACAUAAACAUUUGUAUUAUAUCAUGUAGAAUGUAGGUACCUUUAUUUUUUAUUAAUAUUAUUAUAAUUAUUACAUACUACAUAAUGAUAUAAAGCAUAACAUGGAAUAAUACUAUAUGCCACAAUGAGUUACACUGCAUAUUGCAAUAAAAUACACUAUGUACACAAUGUCAUCCACAUCAUUUCCAUUUAUAUGAAAAUUUUGGUGAUUUUGGAAGAAAAUACAUGAAACAAUUUAGACAAUACA